AUGGAGGCCUUCUUGGCGAAAUCUGGCCACUUACAGCCGCUCACGUUGCCACAGGUGCUGCGCGAGGCUGGCUACGAGGAGGUGGCCGAUCUCGAGGAUGCUUCCGAUGCAGAGCUCUUGCAGCUUGGGCUCAGGAAUGUCGAGUGCCGGCGGCUGCGUCGCUACCUUGCAGCGCCCGAGCAGAACCGCCCCCCGUGA